AUGCCUCCUAAGCGAAAAGAGUUUCUCAAGCCGAAACCAAAGGGCAAGUUAAAACCACAAGAACCACAAACCGAAAACGACUUUCUAGAAGCCGCAGACGAGUAUGAGCAGGCAGCGGGAAAAUGGCGCGCUGGAGACGCAGCAAAAGCUGCUCGCUUCUUCAACAGAGCAAUUGAUAUGUAUAAUGAGGGCUUGAGGCUCCACCCCCAAUCAUUUGAUCUCGCGUAUAACAAAGCAAAUCUGCUAUACAACAUCGCAGAAGAUGAGCGCAGCAUGUCACAAUUUGGAAACAGAACGGCCCUGCUGGAGCAAACCUUGGAUUCUCACCGUUUUGCAGUCUCGCUGAAUCCAACAAAUACUGACAUUCUCUUCAACACUGCACAAGUGCUUACGUCACUGGCGGAAGUCCGUCUAGAAAGUGACACACAAGAAGCCAGAAAGCAAGAUGCAAGGCCAUUGCUUGAAGAGGCUGUGGAGAUGUUCAAAAGGUGUCUGGACAGUCAGCAGCAAGAGUACACGCAGAUUCAAGCCGAGAUUGCAAAAGCACAGGCUUCUGGCGAGUACCGGGAGGCCUGGGAAGGAGAACGACAACAACAGUCAGCAGUUGGGGAAGCAGAUGAAGAUGUGAAGACCGAGUCUAGCGAUGCAGAAGCACCAGGCGAUUGGGCUACAGUCGAAGAGCCCCUAACACCCGAAUCAAUUCUAGAAACCUGCACUGCACAACUAAACGCCCUCACAACACUCCUCGGCCUCUACAACCCUGCCCUCGACCUCUCGGGCCUCGAAAAGAAAGCCGAAGAUGGCCUCGAAACAGCCACGCACAAAAUGCCCCUUCUCCUCGACCUCAUCGAACAAUCGCCCUCAAAAGCCCCAGCAGAAGAACGCCGAUCCGGCCCAACCCUCUCCCUAACCUCCACCCCCGCAUCCGAAGAAGCCACCACAACGCCCAAAGACGACGCCCUCCUCGCAAUCGCCACCUUCCAAGCCAGCGUGGCAGAAAUCCAGUACCGCAGCGGAAAAACAGACGCAACAGCCUACGCCUCAACCAUCGACCGCACCUUUUCCUCCCUCCAACAAUCCCUCCCACAAACCCCUCCUCCUACCUUGGCCACCGUAAACCUGCACUCGGCCCACGCAGACGCCCUCAUCGACUUCGCCUCCGCCCUCUCCGACGGCACACAAUACACGCCUUCGGCACCCACCUUUGAAACAGACACGGCGCUCCAAUGGACAGCCCUGACCCAAUCCCAAACAAUCCUCACCACCCUCUCCUCCGCGCCGCACGCUUCCCUCCUCUCUCCCUCACGCCUAUCCGACGUCUUUCUAGCAAGAGGCGACACGGAUCUCUUCCGCUUCCGCAUUUCACUCUUUGCAACUGCCAAACCCGCGUGGCAGAAGAGCGGGCCGACGCUGGUUGCUAACGCUGGUGUUUUUUACAGGGGAGCGAGGAGUUGGGCGGAGAGGGCGGCCGCGCUGCAUGCGCAGCGCGUGGCGGAUGCGAAGGCGGUUGUUGCGGAGGUCUUGAAGGAAGAAGUCGAGGGAAAGGGUGGAGCGGGGAAGGAGGGGUGGAAGGGGAAGAGGGGCGUGGUGGAAUGGGUGCUGGCGCAGAUGGUUGACGAGGGUAUUGUGGGGAGGGAGAAUGUCGAGGGCAUUUUGAGGAUGGUGGGGUGA